AUGGCAAAUUUUACGGAAGAAACUUUUGUUCCACAAGUUUAUGAACUACUGGACCAUAAAUCAGCAUAUAACAUAUCGUCUGGGAUUUAUCUGAUUCUCAUAGCGCUCGUCACAAUCACAGCAAACGGAUUACUCCUCAUUGGGCUCUACAAAAACGAAAAUGGUUCAUUACGAAGACCCUCGACUGUAUUUAUAUGCAACUUGCUGGGAACUGGGCUAAUUGCAGGAGCCGUGAGCGAACUACUCUUAGCUAUAGCUUAUUUAUCAAGUUACGCUGGGGAUCACACAAGCGCCACGCUCAACCUAACCAUGGCUGCAAAGGUUAUACGUAGUGUAUGCGUCGUGGUGUCCAUUUUAACAGCCGUGGGGUUUUCGUGGACAUUUUUCGCGCCUUCGCAGUCAAUACCAAAGGAAAAUCAGUCGGAAAUAUCGUCAAAAGAAUGUUUAAUGUCUAUCAUUGCCUACUGGAUCUAUGCAAUCUUAUUUUUCACCCUCGCGUCUGCAAUAGCGACUUGGGAGUUAUAUCUCAAACUUGAGCUUCAUUUGAAUUUCACAGUGUGUUUAGUGCUGACAGUUCUGACAUAUCUAUCGCUCUGGGUAUAUUACAUGAAUAGACGAACAACCGUGGACGUGCAAUUCGACACAAUUGCAGAUAAUGCGCAAAUAAGAGAACAAAGGAGGUUAAAACACCAGUUAUUAUUUGUAAUUUGUUUUCUUGUUGUUAUCGAUAUCAGUUGCGUGACACCAUAUUUUAUUUAUCAACACGUUUUAUUGUACACAAAGAUGGAGUCGAUCGUUACUAGGCAACGUACUCUUAUCGUAGAAAGGGUGAUAGAGGUAAUAUUGUGUCAUAAGUUUAUUCUGGAACCGAUAUUGUUAGUUUGGAGGCUUCCGGAUUACAGAAGAGCUUUGGUAUCCGUAUUUGUAUCUUAAACACGAGGUUCUGCUAUAAAAGGGAAUGUUCCUCCCAACCCCGGGCUCAAGAACAAUCAAUAAUCAAUCAACCGUCAAUGAGUCAACAUGCCAGGACAAUUGCUUUGAGCGCUUAAUUUUAAUUUCAUAUUCUAGCCAAAAUAAAUAUCAUUCCUAGAGAUGUCCAUCUAAAAA